AUGGACAAGUCGCAGCAGCCCAGCUCUUUCCAGCAGUUGGAGAAGCUCGGAGAAGGCACAUAUGCUACCGUCUUCAAAGGACGAAACCGCCAAACGGGCGAACUUGUCGCUUUGAAAGAAAUCCACCUCGAUUCCGAAGAAGGCACACCUUCGACCGCCAUUCGCGAGAUUUCAUUGAUGAAAGAGUUGAAACACGAGAGCAUCGUGUCCCUCUACGAUGUGAUUCACACAGAAAACAAGCUCAUGCUUGUAUUCGAAUACAUGGACAAAGAUUUAAAAAAGUAUAUGGACACUCGAGGUGACCGGGGACAACUAGACCAGGCGACCAUCAAGUCGUUUAUGCACCAACUGAUGAAUGGCAUUGCGUUUUGCCACGAGAACCGAGUGCUGCAUCGCGAUUUGAAGCCGCAGAACUUGUUGAUCAAUAAGAAGGGGCAGUUGAAACUGGGAGAUUUUGGGCUUGCGCGCGCCUUUGGUAUUCCUGUCAACACAUUUUCAAACGAAGUCGUCACUCUGUGGUAUCGGGCUCCGGACGUUCUCCUCGGGAGCAGAACAUACAAUACCAGCAUCGAUAUUUGGUCGGCAGGCUGCAUCAUGGCAGAGCUAUACACCGGCCGGCCAUUAUUCCCAGGGACAACCAACGAAGACCAGCUGCAGAAAAUCUUCCGCCUGAUGGGGACGCCCUCUGAGCGCUCAUGGCCGGGCAUCUCCCAGCUUCCAGAGUACAGGGCCAAUUUCCAUGUAUACGCAACCCAGGAUCUCGGCAUCAUUCUUCCCCAAAUCGACCCGCUUGGCCUCGACUUGCUGAACAGAAUGCUUCAACUACGGCCCGAGAUGCGUAUCAGCGCUCACGAUGCUCUUCAGCACCCAUGGUUCCAUGAUCUCCCUCAGUUACAGGCACAACUACAGCAGCAACAGCAACAGCAACAGCAACAGCAAAUGGCUGGAAGCUAUGGAGGAAUGAUGCCGCCGCAGCAGACAUACUAA